AUGUCUUGGAAUCCGUGGUACGGCAACGCCGCAGCAUACGGAAACGGAGCACCAGGCUGGGGCCCAGUCCCCAAUUAUCCACCUCAACCACAAGCAUGGGGAGGGCAAGCAUACACCGACGCCUACGGGGCCGCUCCUCCAGUCGUAGCCCAAUAUUCCACCAAGUAUCCCACCCUACACCCCAUCCUCGCCAUCGACACCACCAAACUCCGAUUUGACAUCCGUCGCAACCCACAAACCGAAAUCCUCGCCUCAACAUUCUAUGCCACACGUAACCUCCCAGCCAAGGUGUCGCCCACCCACUGGCUCCGCAUGAUCUGUAAAAACUUUCCCUGGACGAUCGAUAUCAAGUCCACAGCGAACAUAACGUGCGGGAUGGUUUGGGAGGCGGUGUGGGCGGCGUUGCAGGAGCCUAUUCUGGACUCGGAGUGGGGGCUGAUUGUUUUGGAUAAGAAGGUGAAGGAGAGGGUGGAAGCUGCGGUGAAGAAGAGGGUGGAGGGCAAUCCCGGUGCGGAUAAGCGCCCGAAGAGGAUUGAUUACUUAGGGGAUGUAACCCUUUUUAAAGGAUUAGAGAGGGACGAGGACUAUGAGAAGCAGAGGCUUCUUCCGCAAAGCCAGCCGUGUCCGGAGACCUGGGUCAUUAAGCUUACUUCGUAG